AUGAAGAAAGAGAAUGUGAUCUUGAUGCUAUGCACACUUGUCGCAAUAACAAUCCCAUUGGUUCAAAGCAUUUCUCAAGGGCCAAAAGGAGUGGAAAAAUGGUUCAAAGAACUCCCACACAAGAAACAAAGGGUCACAAAGCUACAUUUCUACUUUCACGACACCACAACUGGACCGGGUCAAACUGCAUAUCAAGUAUUCGAGUCAAACAUCAGCUCGACCACAAUCACCCAAUUUGGUCGAACCUUCAUGUUUGACAACCCACUAACGGUUGAGCCAGAUGCACGCUCUAUGAGGAUUGGUAAGGGCCAAGGGUUCUUUGGUGCAGCAUCUUUUGAAGAACCACGGUUUCUUAUGAACUUGAACUUUGUGUUUACACAAGGGAAGUUCAAUGGUAGCACCCUACAGUUUCUUGGCACAAACCCGAUACUGAAUCGGGUUCGUGAAAUGUCUAUAGUUGGUGGGACCGGUGCUUUCAGGUUAGCACGUGGGAUCGCCACGGCUCAGACGUAUUUUCUUAAUGAUACGUCGUCUAUUGUUGAGUAUAAUCUUGUAGUGCUUCAUUAUUAA